CAGUACAACUAUCCAAUUCUCAAUCCAUCGAGUCUCCAACUCACGAGAAAAUGGAUCUCCCUCCCUCUCAAACUCGUCGUCCGCCAAGCUCGCCAUCAUCGCUACCAACCCUCCCCGACGAACUCAUGGCGGAAGUUCUCUCCCUCCUUCCCGUCAAAUCUCUCAUUCAAAUGAAAUGCGUGAGUAAGUUCUUCAACUCCCUCAUUUUCGAUCCCACCUUUAUCAAAAUGCAACUCCGUCGAUCCGCACGAAACCCUCAACUCACACUCGUCUCAGGAAAAUCCGUAGCAGAUUUCCGUUUCGUCACUCUCCCUAUCAACAAUUUUCUCGAGAAUCCUCUUAUCACCGUUCCGGAGAAGCCUUUCCAUCCAUUGUUGGAUAGUGUCCAUUACUGGUUGGUUGGUUCUUGUAAUGGAUUGCUCUGUUUUGCUCAUUAUGAUAGUUUCACUGGUAGCUAUAGAGAUUGCUGGCUCAAUUUCUAUAAUCCGGCUACAAAUACUUUAUCUAAGAAAUUAGGCCAUUUUAAGGAUUAUUGCAAACAUCGUUAUUUUUUCUCUAGAUAUGCAUUUGGUUAUGAUAGUUUAACUGAUAAUUAUAAAGUAGCCGCUUUACGAGUGAUUGGUGGUGACGAAGAAAUUGGUGACACUGAAACUGAAACUCAAUUGAGAUCACAAUUGAGAACAGAGGUGAGAGUUUUUAGUGUGGCUGAUAAUGUUUGGAGAGAUAUUCAAGAUUUUUCGGUUGGUCCUCUCCGGUUAACUCUUCCGAGUGAGAAUCAUGGUGUUUAUUUGAAUGGAAAUCUUAAUUGGCUGGCGCUACGGAAUUGUUACUCCGCGGAUAGGUUUUAUCAUUGUAAUGAUAUUACUCUUGAUCAAUUUGUGAUCAUUUCACUUGAUCUGGGUGCUGAGAGACAUGUGGAAUUAAUGCCUCCGCGGGGUUUGGAUGAAGUGCCGCUUAUUGAGCCGGCUAUUUCCGUGUUGAUGGAAUCUCUUUGUUUUUGUCACGAUUUCAAACAGACUUGUUUGGUUAUAUGGCAGAUGAAGGAAUUUGGGGUUGGAGAGUCUUGGACUCAACUUUAUAGAAUUAAUUAUCAGAACCUUCAACACAUUGGAUGCUGGUUGCCGUUGCACAUUUCUCAGGAUAAAAAUACUUUGGUAUUGGCAAACAAGAGAGACCUAGCUAUUAUAUAUGAUUGGGCAAAUAAUAGGGUAGAGAUAGUUAGCAAUAAACCGCGGUGGGCCUUUUGCAAGGAUUAUGUUGAAAGUUUGGUUUCACUUUGUUGAAAUAGCUGAUCUAUGGGGAAUCUUUGAAGGCAUUAGAAUGGUCCAGAGCAAGGGAAUCACAAAGGUGGAAGUGCAAACUGAUUCCAAGGAGAUCUAUAAUGCCUUAAUUCAAGAAGCAAAGCUUGGAAGCACAUACGGUUUUACUCUAGCUUAUCAUAAGGGAGCUUCAAAAAGUGUUGGAGUUUCGCAUUGUUCAUGUCAUCAUGUGUAUUGAGAGGCAAUUGUGGUGCAAACUCUCUUACUAAAAUGGGAAGUAGUAAUAGAAUAUGUUCAAUUUAUUUUGAUAAUUGCCCUUAUUCAUGGUGCUUUAUG